AUGCAAGUUACGUAUAAGACUGAAAUAAUACACAACAUCGCAAUUUGUUUAGUGAACGACGGAGCCAACUUUUUGAUUUUUUGGUGGUUUGAUAGUUCCAUUUUUGGUGCCACUGAAUGGGCCAAGAUGAUUGCCGUACCAAAUCUGGCAGAAUUUGUUGCAAUGAAGACGGUCGUAUUACUAGUUAUAUCUUUUACCACGGUAUACAUUGCACAUUGUAACGGUGCGGUGAUAGUACAGAGGCAAGAAGGUAUAUCCGUUAAUGAACGGCCUAUAAUUGGCGUCCUAUCUCAAGAGCAGUCAUUUUACCUACACGGCAAAUAUCCCGAAGAAAAUUACACCAGCUACAUCGCGGCCUCCUAUGUUAAGGAUGUUGAAUCUUCAGGUGCUCGAGUUGUUCCCAUAUUAAUUGGAAAGGAUCGUGAUUAUUACAAAGAUCUCAUGAGCAAAAUCAAUGGAGUUUUAAUGCCUGGUGGUGCGACCUUUUUCAACCAAUCGAAUGGAUACGCGGACGCUGGUCAGCAUAUCUACGAGUUGGCUAUUGAAAUGAAUAAUGCGGGGGACUAUUUUCCCGUUUUCGGCACUUGCCUUGGUUUUGAACUGCUGAUCAUUCUUGCGUCGGGGCGCGGCGAAGUGGAAAACAGAAUUAGAUGUUAUUCGUACAACAAUUUGCCCCUCGAUUUUACCGAUGAUUUUAGAAAAAGUAAGAUGUUUGCUAAUGCCCCAGAGGAUGUAAUACACAUUCUAGCGAACGAAGACGUGACUGUCAACGCUCACCAAUUCUGCAUUGUCGAUGAGAAUUUGGCAUCACAUGACCUGGAGAAGGACUGGAAGGUGACAUCCUAUAGCGACGAUGAUUACGGAGUUCAAUUUAUUGCAACAAUUGAACAUAAAAGAUAUCCAUUCUACGGUGUCCAAUUUCACCCCGAAAAGAAUUCUUUUGAAUGGAAAUUGUCGAAAAAUUACGCCCAUUCAAUGAAUGCGAUUAAAGCGAAUCGUUAUUUUAUGGAUUUCUUCGUCGGUGAAUGUAGGAAUAACCAUCACGCCUUCGCUAGUGCAAGCGAAGAGAACAGAUAUGUUAUAUAUAAUUAUGAACCCCAUUUCACUGGAGUGUUGGGUAGCAUGUUCCACCAAUGCUACUUUUUCGAGCCACGAGGAAAUGUCACCAAA